AUGGGAACAACAGUCCGCGCAGCUCAGUUCAUCGGCCUCAACCAGGAAGAAUGCUGGGCCGUUAUCGACACCGUCGAGAGACAGACGCGACGCUACGUCUGGUGGUCUGUAUUCAUUGGAGCAGGGUUCAUCUUGAUGUCGUGGGGCACACCUCCGAUGCUCAUCGAGACCGAUUGCCACGUUCAGCAACCACUCGACGUUGAAGAUAGUUUUGAGCAGUGCCCGAAGUUUGGGUCAACUGAGAUAUACGAGGACGGGCAGUCCAGACCCGUAACAGUCGGCUCCUAUAACAGGUUCAAGGCUAAGAUGUACAAAAUUGCAAACUCCAUCAUGCACCAAAUCCACUUUACUCAGCACAAUGGAUCCGAAGAACUUUGUCAGUCGAUAUCGAAACUCCACCAGAGGUUGUUGGCCUGGGAAAGGUCUACCCCCCCCCCCCCCGAGCUAAGAUCAGAGUCACACCCUCCGAAUACCAUUGAGGACGGCGAGGACGCCGCUUUGAAAAGGACUUUCGCCUUACAGGCUCUUACCCUCCAAGUGUCCUACGACAACGUCCAAAUUCUCCUGUUUCGUCCCUUGAUAUCGAUCGGCGGCGUACCGAGGUCGCGCCUUUCUACGCGAGCAAACUCACCAGCGCCGGCAACGCAAGCUACCUUUGCCAAUGUGCCAAGCGCGUUCAUCAAUAUUGCUCAGCAGCAGUAUUGGACAUCCGCAACAAGGACAUCAGACGUGGUCAAGCGUCCGGAUCUUCUGCGCCUCUUUCAGUUCGGCUUCCCUGCCAUUCAUGUCGGGGUGCACGCCUUUUUCGCGGGCGUCAUGCUUGGUCUGCUCGCCCUCUUGAGCCCCUUGUCUGCUCGAGGCCAAGAGAGUAAGCGCGGCAUAGCGAGGAUCAUACAGAUUCCUAAGAGCAGCAAUCUCAGAUCACACGUGUGGAGUCAAAUGACAAUGGUUCUCACGGACUUGAUGCACGUCAUUGCCACCGAGGAGACCAAAGCUCUGAUUGACGAUCCAGCUGGACUCGACCUCAGCGAGACACAUAACAAGCCGGGUGCAUUGGGGAGCCCCCAGAAUAUUAUUCAGAAGCCGUCGGCCGAGACCGAGAAACCUCGUCGACAGAACCCCAGGGGCCUGUCUCCGGUCGUGAUGGCACCCACAAUGAACUUGCAGAAAUGCAUAGCCAUGCCUCAUGGCUCAUCAACACGCAGUCUAGAAUGGGUGAUACAAAUCGGCAGAUAG